AAUGUAAUUGUAAUAUUUAUAUUAUAUUAUAUGGUUGUAGAGAGUAUAUAAAUAUGUGCAGUGUAGUAUCCCUCCAACAUAACUGUCAGCCCGUCGUCUCCGCUCCUUUCUCUCUCUCUUUCCAUUUCAAUUCCUUUCUCCCUCCCAAAACACUGUAUAAACCUUCUCCUAUGGAAAAUCCUCUACCACCUGCCCUCGAUUUGCCUCGGGAUAUCAUCCACACCGAAUUCGAUGCCAAAAUUGCACAAAAUCUCAGCCCCCAAACCGACGCACUCAUUGCGGAUUCUCCCGACGACCGAUCGGAUUCUCACCCGAAUGGAGUGAUCAUCCCGCCGCACUCGCUUCUUCCCAAGCCGGAGGCUCCCCCCGGGCUGCUGGAGAGGUCGCUCUCCAUGCCGGAGACGUUCGAUUCCCCGGCCUCCGCCAUCGGGAAAUUCUUCCGGGAGAAGAGCAACAGCGUAUCGGAGGCGCUUAAGCGCAUAUCUUCGCUCACCAAGGACGACGACGACGAAGAUCUCCUGGUGAAGGAGUUCAAUCUGGUCGGAGUUAAGGUGGUGAAGACGUUGAAGCAGGGGAUGAAGGAGAUGAAGGGGAGAAUCAGCUUCUUCUCGCGGUCGAACUGCCGCGACAGCACCGCCGUGCGGUCGUUCCUGCGGGAGAGGAAUCUGAGUUACGUGGAGAUCAACAUCGACGUGUACCCGGGGAGAGGGAAGGAAUUGAGAGAGAGGACCGGCGGCGCCUCCGUGCCGCAGUUGUUCUUCAACGAGAAGUUGAUCGGAGGACUGGUGGCGCUGAACUCGCUGCGCAACAGCGGGAUGCUGGAGGCCAAAAUGGAGGAGAUUCUGGGGACGAAGUGCCCCGAGGACGCACCGGCACCGCCGGUGUACGGCUUCGACGAGGAAGGCGAGGUGGUGGUGAUGGAUGAGAUGGCGGAGAUUGUGAAGGUAGUGCGGCAGAGAGUGCCGAUCCAGGAUCGCAUAACAAAGAUGAAAUUCGUGAAGAAUUGCUUCUCCGGCGCGGAGCUCGUGGAGGAGCUCAUCCACCAAUUGGACUGCGGCAGGAAAAAGGCCAUUGAGAUCGGGAAGGAGCUUGCGAGAAGGCAUUUUAUUCAUCAUGUCUUCGGCAACAAUGAAUUUGAGGAUGGCAAUCAUUUCUAUCGAUUCCUAGAGCAUGAGCCCUUCAUACCAAAAUGCUACAACUUCAGAGGAGUGGUGAAUGAUUCGGAGCCCAAGGAUGCGGCUGCAGUGAGCCGAAGGCUCACCUGCAUAAUGUGGGCUAUACUCGAGUCGUAUGCCUCGGAUGAUCGACUUAAUCUUGAUUACAUUGGAAUCAGCAACAGCGAAGAGUUCCGGAGAUAUGUGAAUGUGGUGGAGGAUCUACAGAGAGUAGACCUCCUGACUCUUUCCCAUGAUGAGAAGCUGGCGUUCUUUUUGAAUCUGCAUAAUAGUAUGGCCGUUCAUGCUGUUAUUAGAAUCGGUGACCCCGGUGGAAUGCUUGAUCGGAGGCCCUUCUUUUCCGAUUUCAUGUAUGUAAUCGGGGGCCACCCGUAUUCUUUGAAUUCCAUCAGGAAUGGCAUUCUGAGAAGCAACCGAAGACCCCCGUUCUCGUUAAUAAAGCCCUUCAGUAAAGGCGACAAGCGCCUAGAGUUGAGUUUUGCGAAAGUGAAUCGAUUGAUUCAUUUUGGGAUGUGGAAUGCAACAAGAGGAAGCCCGUCGAUCAGAUUCUUCAGAUGGCAAGGCAUCGAAUCUGAACUGAAGAACGCUGCAAGGGAGUAUCUCCGGAGGGAGGACGGAGUGCAGGUAGACCUCGGCAAGAGGACGGUGUACCUCCCCCGUAUUAUGAAGUGGUACAGUGGUGAUUUCGGGGAAGAGAAAGAAAUCCCCAAGUGGAUGAUCAACUACUUGGAUGCAAGUAAAGCAGGUCUUUUGUCGCACCUGAUGAGUGAUGGGGGGUCUGUUAACAUAGCCUACCAGGAUAAUUAUGACUGGUCUCUCAAUUCCUGAUCAUGCUCUCCCAUUCUUCUUCUUCUACUGGUGUACAUAGUUGAGAGUUUUGGAGUUUUGGUGUGUUGGGUUUGAUACAAUUCAAAGAGUAAUCAGUCUAUAGCUGCUCCAUCUUUCCAUGGUUUCAUGAAAAUUCUGCCAUGGACCAGAAUUUUGAUUACACAUGUUUAUUGUGUUUCUACCUAGAAUAAGUUUAUUGCGCCCCUAUGAUAUAUACUAUACUUUUUUUUUUCUACUAUAAUUUACCAAUACACUUUCUCAA